AUGGCCGUGGUUGACAAGCAGCUCGCCGGCGAAUUGUGGUAUCAUGGUCUGCUUCCACGAGAAGAUAUCAAGAUGAUGCUAAGGAACAAUGGAGAUUUCCUAGUAAGAACUACUGAACCUGUUGCUGGGAAGCCUCGCGCACUCGUACUUUCCGUAAUGGUUAAACAAGAGCUAGAAGAUGAAGGUAUAAAACAUUUUGUGAUCACCGUUUUGCCGUCUGGAAAGGUCAUGAUUGAGAAAUACGCUUUUGAAUCAGUUACCUCGAUGGUAGAAUAUCACCUAAAAAAGAAGGAUUCUCUAACGAAGUCUAACGGGUCUUGCGGAACGACGGACGUUCUCCCGAACAGACAAAUGGAGGUUAGUUGUUGGAGGCAACUCCAAACUGCCUCCCUUGCACCUCAGUUAUUUGAUCGCAAGCAGGAGAUCGAAGGUCCAUGUGGUUCGCAACUCUAUUUAACAAGAUCGUUGCAGAAGGACGGACUCCAGACGUCCGUGACCGUGCCUGUCUGGAGAGGAAAAGGAGACAUUGCUGACUGCACUUCGUACAUGCCUAUACGACUGCUGUGCCAUACGAUGAAGGUUUUUGAGCGUGUUCUUUCUGAGGAAAAUUGUCAGCGUUUCACUCAAUCAGUGCGGUUUUGUGAAGGACUGCAGCACUAUAAAUGCCAUCCAUGCUGUCCGCAUUCUUCUGGAGAAACAUCGAGAGAAGAACCGCAGUGUGCAUCUUGCUUUUCUCGAUCUCGAGAAGUCCCACAUGAGCUGUUAUGCAUGUCCAUGAGGUCGCAUAGAGUACCAGAAGAAUAUGUGCGGUGGACAAAGCUGCUUUAUGCGAAGCCUACCAGCGUUGUACGAUGCGCUGUCGGAACACGCAGGCCAUUUCCUGGACAAGUAGGGGUUCAUCAAGGUUCAUCCCUCUCACCCCUGCUGUUCAUACUGUGCAUGGACACGAUAACGAAGGAAAUCCAGAAGCAGCAUCCGUGGACUCUACUCUUUGCCAACGAUGUCAUGCUCGCGUCGGAGUCUCGAGACGAUCUUCAGAAACAAGCACAGUCUUGGAAGGAUCGGCUGCAGCCAUAUGGAUUGCGCCCCAACACAUCAAAAACUGAGUACAGUGCGGAGUGCGGACCAAGGAUAGAGGAUGGUUCAAUUUGUGUCGAUGGCACCGAAUUAAACAAGAUGAAGUGGAAAAUGGCAGCAGGCGUACUGUGCGACAAGAAAGUCCCUGUUCGACUGAAGUCAAAGAUCUACAGGACGGUUGUGCGAUUGGUUGCCCUUUACGGAUGCGAAUGCUGGUCGACGACGAAAGCCUUGGAAAGAGUGUUGCACGCUAUGGAGAUGCGGAUGUUGGAAUUUACGAUAGGUGUAACGCUAAAAGAGAAAGUAUCCAACGACACUGUACGCUCCAUCUUGGGCGUCGCCCCGAUAACUGAGAAGAUGAAGGAGGUGCGGCUGAGAUGGUUUGGUCACGUCUUGCGGCGAGAGGAAGACUCUGUUGCCAAAACCGCUCUGAAGCUCGACGUUUCAGGAGUGAGGCCGCGUGGGAGGCCAAAGAUUCGCUGGUUAGAUCGUGUGGAGCUGGAUAUGAUAGAUGCGCGUUUAUGUACGGCUGAUGCAAUGGAUAGAACCAAAUGGAAGACAAGAAGCAGAAAGGCUCAAGAAGUCAUGCUCAUGAAUCCAAUUGUACGACAAAGUUGGGAGCUCUCACAUGAUGAUGUUGAGUUGACUAAAAAAUUAGGAGAGGGUGCUUUUGGCGAAGUACACAUGGGCAAAUUAAAGUUGAAAUCAGGCUCCAAGGUUACAGUCGCAGUUAAACUGGCUAAACUUGAAGUUUUGACAAAAGAGCAGAUCAAGGAAAUAAUGCACGAAGCCCGUCUCAUGAGGCACUUUGAUCACCCAAACAUUGUUAAAUUUUAUGGUGUUGCUGCUGGCCAAGAACCUCUAAUGGUGAUUAUGGAAUUGGUGGACUGUGGUGCACUUGACACAUAUCUCCAAAAAUCCGAACAACCUAUGGACAAAAAGAAUGAGAUGUGCUUGCAGGCGGCUUGGGGUCUAGAAUACCUCCACGCCAAAAACGUCCUUCACAGAGAUAUUGCUGCACGGAAUUGCCUGUACGGAGAUCACAAGGUUAAAAUUUCUGACUUUGGACUAACGCGAGAAGGCACGGUUUACCAAAUGGAUCCACACAAAAGAGUACCUAUACGAUGGCUAGCCCCAGAAACACUGAAAAUGGCUAUAUACACCCAGAAAACAGAUGUGUUUAGUUACGGUAUAAUGUGUUGGGAGAUCUACAAUAACGGUAUUGAGCCCUAUCCCGGCAUGACAGUCGCAGAAGUUAAUCAGAAUGUCAAAGAAGGUUAUCGAAUGGAACUUCCUGCGAAUGUUCACCCGGACAUUCAAAACUAUAUAAAGAAUGGCAGAGCUUCACCAGUGGGGAUGAUCGGGCUUGACACAGAAGUUGAUGAACGGAAAAGGUUCGAUGUUGGUCUGAAAAUCCAAACGAUAGAUACUCAAUGGCUGAACUUGCUAAACACUUGUCAAGGACUCUGCAGAUUCCAAGGCCGAAAUUUGUGGAGAAUCCACACAAUCGUAUGUGAAGAACGACGCAAGAUUAUUUUCGGUGGGAAUGAUCUCUUCGACAAGGCUGCACUUCCACUGCUUCAUUUUUCAUAUGUGGUCGAGUAUGAUUUUAUAAAUGAUUUACUGAUUUUCCACGCAUAA